CCUUCCUUGAAACUUCACAAUCUCCUCAACGCGCAAUUUUUUAUGACAACAUCAAACUCAUUGAUGACCUUCACCAUCACUUGAAAUUAUAUUUGAUAUUCCACCAUCUUAUUUAUUUAUAUAGUGGAGCUCAAGAAGGGAGCAGAGCAUUAACUAGCCCACAUGUGAAGGCUGGAGAUAUCUAAUCUUCCCAAAUUAGUAGUGCCCACUUGCAUUCAUUAAUUUCCUAAGUAUUUGUUCUUGAGAGUACUAGUAUAUUGGAUUGAAUUGAAUCAUGGCAACUUGUAAUGGUAUACAAGCUCGGGUUGGACGCGAGAAGCAGAGAUAUGAAGACAAAUUUAGGCUAGUUGCAGGGUGCAUCCCUUAUAGACUGAAAAAUGAUGUUAAGGAGAGAUGCAAUGGAGCACUUUAUGAUGAAUUGGAAGUCCUCAUGAUUUCGACACCAAAUCGGCAGGAUCUUGUCUUCCCAAAGGGUGGAUGGGAGAAUGACGAGGCCGUACAUGAAGCAGCAAUCCGCGAAGCUGUGGAGGAAGCCGGGGUGAGGGGGAAUAUCAAUAAAAAGGAGUUGGGGGUGUGGGAGUUCCGAAGCAAGAGUAAGCAAAAUAGUUGCAGCCAGGAGGGAGGCUGCAGAGGUUAUAUGUUCGCACUGGAGGUCACCGAAGAACUUGAGUCUUGGCCGGAGAAGGAUACGCACCAUCGGCGAUGGGUUGGCGUCAGCGAAGCACGGGAGCUAUGCAGGUAUGACUGGAUGCAAGAAGCUCUCGAUGCCUUUCUUCAAAGACUUCGACCAGCAGUGAAGCAAACAUUGGCAGUAUUGCCUGCAAUAUCCGAGUCAUUGCGGAGCGUUUGCGCUCCAAAGGCUUCUCGGAUUGAGAGAACAGAUAAUGCCAUAAUUCUCCAUGUUGACAAUGGUUUACUGAAGUUGGUGGAGUAUCUAAGAAAAGAACGGAAGCAUGAAAGAGGAGAUACUACUGCAAUUGCUAUGUCGACUGUUACACUUUUUUUUUAACUGCAGCGUUUUGGUUCAGGGACCUCUGGUUGAGCAAUCCACUGAUGGUUGAAAAUAUGAGUAUGUGAAGAUAGUUGAACUUUUGAAGUACUUUGCACCACUUAUUUUUCAAAAAAAAAAAGGGUGGGUUUAUAUG